AUGGUUAAAUCAGAAAAUGAAGAAUUACCGGCCGAGGAAAAUGUUACAGAUCAGACGACACUUUCUAGUGAAGCAGAAGAAAAACCGGCAGAAAAGGAUUCUACAUCAAAAUCUCUUGCAGAAUCGUCCAUUCAAACUAGAAUGAAGAAAUCAAAAGCUGAAAACAUUACAAAUGAGGUGGCAGAACCUAAAGCAGAACUCGAAGAAGAGAAGCCAGAGGAAAGUACUGUACCUGAAACUCUUGAAGAUCUUCAGACAUGGUGGGAAGUGCCAGCCAUAGCACAAUAUGUGUCUUUAUUUCGAAAUCAUUUCCAACUUCCAGAAAUUGAAAUUGAGGAACUUGAAAAUGGAUUUAUUGAUGAUGGUGCUAAAGAGGACAGUGUUUGGCUUCGAGAUUUAGUUGUUGCCUUUUUACGUGGAAUUUUGAAUGGGCGAGGAGUAAAUACAGAAAAUUGGGAAUUUCACCUGUCUAAACUUAUUGGUAGAAAGUGGAUAAAAGAGGGAAAAGAAAAUCCAUUUCUUGAAGUCGUCUCUUUUAAGAAGUUGAAGCUUCGUACCAAAGUUGAAGUUGUUUAUUCUUUGUGUUUAUAUCGUUUGGAUAGGAGUGAUGUUGUAGAAGCCAUGAAGUCAAUUGAUAGUGAAGCUUUGAGGGUCCAGGCUCUGGGCUCUGAUGACUUAGGUAAUAUGUACUGGUACUUUUACGGGACAAGGUUGUACAAAGAAGAACCCUUUAAAUCGAAGAAAGAUAACUGGGAAGAAGAAUGGAAGAAACAGAAGGAUCAGUCUUUUACUAAAAGAGGUCGUGGCAGACCUAGAAAAACACGUGCCUCAAAAGUUAAAGAGGAAGAGUUUAAUGAUGCUGGUUCUAAUAACGAUGGGUAUAUGAAUCUUGAUGGAAAAUCUCGUUGGUCUGUUGUUUGCAAUACCAUUGAAGAAUGGGUUGAUUUUGCUGAAAAGUUCAAGGACAGCAAAUCUAAGAAGGAGAAAGCUUUGUUUGAAAUCAUUCAAGAAAAUUUCCUUCCUGUGCUGAAUGAAAUUUAUCAAGAAAAGGAAAGAAAGUUUCAACAAAAACUCAGGGAACUUAUUCCAAAUAAUCGAAUUGUAACAAGAAGGGAAACUAGGAGACAAAAAAUGGAAUCAAUUCAAGCUUCUGAACCCAAUGGCUAUUCCAAUGAAGAUGCACACAAAUUACAUUUAAUCCAAGAUAGAGCUAGAAGGCUUGAACAAAGAAACAGAAGAGCUAUGGAGGAUUCCCCUGCAGACAACCGAAGGCUGAAAAGACAGCGAUUCAGCUAUCGAUGUGAUAGCAACACCAGCAUGGAUUCUGAUAACAAAAGUGACGUCGAAGAUUACAGGAGAACGCUGUUAAAUAUUUCUGAUGAAGAAAAUACAGGCUUGCAGACUAAACUAGAAAGACUUUUAACCGACGUGAAAAUUGAUAAAGAUUCUUGGCCUUUUCUUCAUCCUGUUUCUGAAAGAUAUGCACCUGGCUAUUAUGAAAUUAUAACGGAGCCUAUGGAUUUGUCUACAAUAGAAAAUAAACUUUGGAAUGGCCUGUAUAAGACGGUUUCAGAAAUGGAAGAAGAUUUUUCAAAAAUGGUUUCCAAUUGUGAACUCUACAAUGGAGACCACAGCGGUGAGUUACAAAAAAAAGAAAAAAAGAAUUUAACCCAGAUGGCUCACGUAAUUUGGAAAAAGUUUCGAAGGGGACUGAAUAGGAUUUUUGAAUCCGAUUCUGCUUCAAGCAAUACUGAAUUGAAAAGAAGCAAUGAACAUCCCGUAUUGAAAACUAAAAAGCAAUCCAAUUUGGGAAAGAAGAAGAAGACAACCGGACCUGCUAUGCAAGCUCUUGAAAUACUUGCCCAAGCCUCUGAGAUAGCAAUUAAAAACAAUAGUACAGCUAGAGGUAAUCCCAAUUCUAUGUCAAAACUCAAUGCCCUUGAUAGUAAUUCUGGCUUUAAUCAAGCAACCACCUCAUACAGCGAUCAAGAUCAAUAUCAAGCUUCACCUGAUCAUAAUGACAUUGAUGAUUUCGAAAGUAAUAACUUGAGUAGUAGUGGAUCGCAGUUUGAUAGAAACAAAACCAACGAUUUCAAUAUAUUGUCUGAAAAUGAGGAGGAUGAAAUGUCUGAAGAUGAAUCCGAAAAGAACGAAAUGGGAAGUGAUAGUUCGUACUCCAAUUCUGAUUCUCACCAUUCAAGAAAUGAUGCUAAUAAUGAAGUUGGUGAAAAUGGCUUUUCUAAUAUACUGGAUGAAUGUGGUAAUGACUUGAUUUCCAGGAUAAUCAGGGAGCCCCUUUAUGCAGAAGAUAUUCAGCUACAGGGUCUGGAGAGCUCGUCUAAAAGUGAAGCGACUUCAAAUCGAUUACAAAGAAAAAGUCCUCCUAGUUUUGAUGGGUUAUCUCAUACAGAACAGUUUGCACAGGAAGCUUCAAGUAUUGAACUUGAAGGUAAUAACAUGGCCUCUAAUGAGAUCACUACAAUUGAUGCAUCAGUGUUAGGUCUUCCAUCCAGUGGCAGAUUUAAGAAGUUGAAUAACAACUUCAGCCCGCAAAAUACAGAGUACCUUCAGCAACCCCAAGUUCCGUCUGUCUCACAUGUAGUUCCUGCUUCAAAUCCACAAAACCAGAUUCAAUCUUCACCACCGUUUGUGCCUGCCAACAUACAAGACAACAAUAAACAAAUACUUAACCAGCCUGUACAAAUAAUGACUUCAGCUGAAACUGUUAGCCAUCAUGUUGUUAACGCACCUUUUACUGACUCUUUUUCUUCGGCAACUACCGCAGCAAUAUCUUCUCAGAUGAUGGGUUCGAAUUCUUCACAGAUUCCUCGUCAAGUUUCUCCGACGUACUCGAGAGCUUUCACGGCUCAGUCGAAUGUCCUCCACAAACCCCAAGCAACUCAGGCCAACACAGCAUUCUCCAAACUUUUCCAAAACCAGCAAACGUUUUACCAAAAUUCUGGGAAUCUGCAUCAAAAGCAGCCUCAAUUGAACCAGCUUCCCAUGAAGAUAAAUCUUCCUCCAUCUACUGGGCAAAUUUUGGUUGUCCCUUCUAAUUCAGGACAAUCAGGAAUGACAUUUCAGCUAUUUGCACAACCUACUGCAGAGGGUUCUAAGCCAAUACAAGAAACGGUACAAUUCCAACCUGUAUCUGUUCAUGCACAGAGCAACCAGGAACCAAAGUUUCCUACUGAGCAAAACUUAAACAAGCAACCUGGAAGUGCAGGGGAUCUUUACGGCAAGAAAAAAUCUCCUACUCCUGAACAAAGUUCACCAGUACAAUCUGCAGUUCUAAGAACCUCUCCACAGUUCAGCGCUUCUUCAGCCACUUCAAAACCUAUCCCCAAACCUAGGAAAUCACCAACUAUACAACACCUUCAACAGCACAUGCCAAAGCCUAAUUUUGUGUCUACAACCUUAGCCAACUCCGUUGCACCUAAUAAUCAAGUCGUAGGUGCAAACGCCAAUCCAGAAAAUCCUCAAUCCCAAAAUAUGUCUUUCAGCUCCAAUCCAAACAGAUUGGUGUUGAAUAAUUCAGUUACAGAGCAAGCCCCUCCACUUUAUCAAGCUAUAGGGCAGAAUAAUGUACCUGUUGUUCUGUCUGGAUAUAACAUCACCAACAGCAACAGCUUCAGGCCAAAUAUUGUAUCCACCACACAAUCGAACUCUUAUGUGCAGAAUGGACCUCAGUUGAAAAAAGUGUAUGUACAAAGUCCUCAGCAGUUCCAACUUAAUAGCAUUCAAAAUAGACCCGGACAGUAUGUUAUAGUGCAGGCUCCAAGUGAUGGUACCGGUAAUAUUUAUGGUAAAAUACAGAACCCACAAAUGCAGAAUCCUGGUAACAUUCAGCAGAGCUUCAGAAAAGUGUCUCCAGAGAUGGUUGUCACGGCAUCCCAAAAUUUCCCGAUAUCUUCUGCUCCCUUAUCUACUUCUCAAGUAUUCCCUCAGGUGGUAUCUAAUCAAGUCCCACAAUAUGUCAACAUUCCAUCGUACAUGAUUACAAAUCAGAAUCCAGUGCAAAAUACAGUGAACCAACCCAUGAUGAAUAUCCAACCUUAUCAAGUGAAUAACCAAAGACAUCUUUCUAUGGAUUGUUCUGGAAAUGGUUGAAAAGUUCUUAGAGUUCCUGUUACAAAAAUUCAUCAUUAGGUUCCAAACCUGUGGCAGCAGCUCUAGGAAAAGUAUCACGAAUGACAUAUAUAUUUUAUUAUAUACUGAGCCAAGUGCUGUUAAAUGAACAUUAUAUAAUUGUAGGCAAUAAUUGCUCAUGAUUUGGAAUCUAUUUUCGGUACAAAUAUCAUUGUUUCAUACACAUUUUUUGUAAAUUCAUCAUUCAUAUUUUUUGAUUCCAUCUUUUGUAAAGCUGGUAAAUAUUGUGAUUUAGCUAUGAGAGGGAAAGCAUUGUAAUUUCCUCACA